GCCUUGUGGCGGCGGCGGCGGCGGCGGCAGCGGCAGCGGCAGCGGCAGCGAUAGCGAUUUAGCGCGGUAACACCAGCAGCAGCGGUGAUUUAGCGGCGGUAACACCAGCAGCGGCGGUUGUAUCGGCGGCAGCAGCUCAAGAUGUCGAUCGAAAUCGAAUCCUCCGACGUGAUCCGGCUCAUCAUGCAGUACCUGAAGGAGAACAGCCUGCACCGCGCGCUGGCCACGCUGCAGGAGGAGACCACCGUGUCCCUCAACACCGUGGACAGCAUCGAGAGCUUCGUGGCGGACAUCAACAGCGGGCACUGGGACACGGUGCUGCAGGCCAUUCAGUCGCUGAAGCUGCCCGACAAGACCCUCAUCGACCUCUACGAGCAGGUCGUGCUGGAGCUGAUCGAGCUGCGGGAGCUGGGGGCUGCCAGGUCCCUCCUGAGACAGACAGACCCCAUGAUCAUGCUGAAACAAACCCAGCCCGAGCGCUACAUCCACCUGGAGAACCUCCUGGCCAGGUCCUACUUCGAUCCUCGUGAGGCAUACCCAGAUGGGAGCAGCAAAGAGAAGCGGAGAGCUGCCAUUGCACAGGCUCUGGCUGGAGAGGUCAGCGUGGUGCCCCCGUCCCGCCUCAUGGCACUGCUGGGGCAGGCACUGAAAUGGCAGCAGCAUCAGGGCCUGCUUCCUCCCGGUAUGACAAUUGACUUGUUCAGAGGCAAAGCAGCUGUGAAAGAUGUAGAAGAGGAGAAGUUCCCCACACAGCUGAGCAGGCAUAUUAAGUUUGGGCAGAAGUCGCACGUGGAGUGUGCUCGGUUUUCUCCAGAUGGACAGUACCUGGUUACUGGCUCUGUUGAUGGCUUCAUUGAAGUGUGGAACUUCACUACUGGGAAGAUUAGGAAGGAUCUGAAGUACCAGGCACAAGAUAACUUCAUGAUGAUGGAUGAUGCAGUGCUGUGCAUGUGCUUCAGCAGAGACACAGAAAUGUUAGCAACUGGAGCACAGGAUGGGAAGAUCAAGGUGUGGAAAAUCCAGAGUGGUCAGUGUCUGAGGAGAUUUGAACGAGCACACAGUAAAGGUGUUACGUGCCUCAGUUUCUCUAAAGACAGCAGCCAGAUUCUUAGUGCUUCUUUUGAUCAGACAAUCAGGAUUCACGGUUUAAAAUCUGGGAAAACCUUAAAGGAAUUCCGUGGUCAUUCCUCCUUUGUCAAUGAAGCCACUUUUACCCAGGAUGGCCACUACAUUAUCAGCGCCUCGUCUGACGGCACAGUGAAGGUUUGGAAUGUGAAGACGACGGAGUGCUCAAACACCUUCAAGUCUCUUGGCAGCACUGCUGGGACAGACAUUACUGUGAACGGUGUCAUUCUGCUGCCUAAAAACCCAGAGCACUUCGUUGUUUGCAACAGAUCGAAUACAGUUGUCAUCAUGAAUAUGCAAGGACAGAUUGUAAGAAGCUUUAGCUCUGGUAAGAGAGAAGGUGGUGACUUUGUGUGCUGUGCACUUUCGCCCCGUGGUGAAUGGAUCUACUGUGUUGGUGAAGAUUUUGUGCUUUACUGCUUCAGCACAGUGACCGGCAAGCUGGAGAGAACCCUGACUGUUCAUGAGAAGGAUGUCAUUGGCAUUGCUCAUCACCCCCACCAGAACCUGAUUGCCACUUACAGUGAAGAUGGGCUCCUCAAACUGUGGAAGCCAUAGGUGGAUGUUACAUCCAGCUCUCAAGUGUGCCUGUUAGUUGCAGUUUAUUAUUGUUUGUGCUUUAACAAGAUCUAAGUGUCCAGAGUAUGAUACUUGCUCAAUUUUUAGUUUGGUUUUCCAGAGAAUGACAUUUUUACUCACCUAGAGUAGAUUGAUGCUUAAAUACAGCAUUGCUUAAUUUCAUAUACUUAUUUUUAUUAGAAUUGUCAGAGUCACUUCGGUGAGAGUGCUUUUUCUGUCUCCUGAAGUCUGUACUCUUCCUACAAUGUUUGUAAAAGUUGAAUGAGCCAGGAAGUAGACACACUUAUGAGUGGUUGCUGACUUCCUAGAAUACAGCAAAAUGUUGGGUUUUUUUUUGUUUGUGUGAGUGAAAUGUGGAGUGGGAAAGCUAUCUAUUUCCCACUGCUGAAACAUAAGCAUAGUUUUUCUGGAAUGCAGACCAGGCUACGCUUCGGCUUGAAGACAAGGCCGUUUCUAGUCCAUUGGGUUUUGCUGUGUUCAAUUUUCACUAUAAUUUUUCCAAUUACUUUGGAAAGUAGUGUCACACAGCUUCCUCAGAAAGAGACUAUGCUUCCCCAUCUGCCAGCACUUCCUACUCUAAACUAUAAACCUGCCUGAUCUGGCAGUGGGAUACAGUUAUUUUUUUUUUUUCCCUUUUGUUUUAUUUCACUUCUAGAUUAAAAGGUAUAAGUACUCUCUUCGUGUAAGUGCAAAAUGUCUUCAGACCAGCUGUAACUGAAACAGGCUUUAGGGGAUCAAUAUUUUAAAAAAUGCAAAAGUUGGUUUACAUAGGCUGAGUUCCUAGUGCUGUGAUAACGCUUUAAAUAAUUAUUUGUAAGAUUUUAAUUUUUUUUCAGUUUCAUAUGCCUGUGGACCUAGUCGAGGUGAUUCAUAGGUCCCACAGAUAAAAAGACACUUUCAGGUUCUUCAUAUGCUCGGUUUGGAGCAUAAGAUUUUAUGAUUUGAGAUCCUGUCUAAUGCACACUGUUGUGAGUGUACACCAGAAUCUGACCAUGUCUUUUCUAGGAUGCAGAAAAACAAGGUUUUUCCUGUAAUGAUGAAUGAAACACUUGUAGAUGUGAAUCUGCUGUGCUGUGUUCUAUCCCUGUCUCUUGUAGAAUGCUUUCCUACCACAGUAAUCUUUCAAACAGUGGUAACUUUUGUUUGAUUUAAUAAAUUAGUUCCAAUUCAA